AACAAGGGUCACGGGGGACUCUUAUAAGUAGCUACUGACUCUGUCCCAAUCAGUACUGUGUGAGCGGAGUGCCUGAUGCGUUGGCGCAGUUUCUUACACACAUUAAAGAUCAAGUGAAUUAUUACAUCUCAAAAUGCCGUGGACAAGCACAAACAGAAUUUACGCGAAGCCUUCGAAUACGGAAUCGGUGGAGGGGCCGGCAGGGGGAGGGCCCUCAGGGGCGCGCGCCGUGCCUACGGCGGCUGCGGACAGCGGCGGCCGCUUCGAGCUGGCCGACCACGGCUAUGGCAAGAGCUCCGUCAAGCUGCUCCACGUGCACCGCGACGGGGACUAUCACACCAUCCGCGAGUUUGAGGUCUCCACCGAGCUCAAACUAGCCUCUGAAUCCGCUUACGUUCUCGGGGACAACAAGGAAGUAGUGGCGACCGACUCGCAGAAAAACACCGUGUAUCUACUAGCGAAGAAACACGGUGUAAAAACACCCGAGGAGUUCGGCGCGGUGGUGGUGAAUCACUUCCUGUACAUGUACAAGCAAGUGGUGGAAGCCAAGUGUCGCGUGGAGGAGUACCCGUGGGAGCGGCUGCAGGCCGGAGUACCUCACAACCACGCGUUUGUCUUCUCUCCCACGGCCACUAGGUGGUGUGAAGUGUCACAGACCAGACACGAGGCAGUAGUAGUCAAAUCUGGUUUGUCAAACCUUCGAGUGUUGAAGACCACACAAUCAGCGUUCGUGGACUUCGUGCAAGACGAGUACACAACACUAGCAGACGCUGCGGAAAGAAUAUUCAGUACGGUAGUGGAAGCAGAGUGGACGUAUGACAGCAUGCGAACGGCGAACUUCGACAACGCAUGGUUGACAGUGAAAGACGCCAUUCUGGAUAAGUUCGCGGGCCCACCAGACACCGGCGUCUACUCGCCUUCAGUGCAACACACGCUAUACCAGGCCGAGAAGGUGGUUUUGGAGAAAGUAUCCGAGAUUAACUGGAUCAAGAUGACGAUGCCGAACAAGCAUUACCUGAACAUCGACAUGUCCAAAUUCCCCGCCAACGUGACUAAAGGAGACCCACGUCACCAUAUUUACCAACCCAUAGACAAACCCGCAGGCCUCAUCUACGCACAGCUACGCCGUAGACCCAAAAGCCGCUUGUGACGACAUCGUAACGGCUACGAAGCGUAGCAGGCUCUACGACUUAACGCGGUACAGAUCCCCGUAUCGGUAUUUUGAGUCAUUUCAGUACUUUUAAUGGAACAAUGUUACAGGUCGCCUUCUAUAAGUUGGCAGUGCCAAAGAAUAUAUUUAAAUGUGGAAAUACAGUUAGGACACGGAAUGAAAUAACCUAAUCCGGUACUAAGAAUUAUGAUUUUUUUGCCAAAUUAUAGAAGGCGAACACUAGUGCUCAUGAAAUUGCAAUAGGUACUUUUUAUUGAUUGUUUUCUAAAACGUAAGUGUUUUUGUAUAGUGUCAAUACAGUUAUCAAUAGUGUAUGUGUACACUAAUGUUAUAAUGCUGUUAGUUCCAUGUAACAGACGAAGGGUUUGUGGGGGAAUUGAAUGGCUGUAAGAAUCGAUACAACACUGUGCGAUUAUUAAUUUUAAGAACAAUAGAGAUGUAUUAUAUUAGUUUAUACAAGAGAAAUCACUUGUUACAUUUAUGACUUUUUCGUAGAUUUAUAUCAGUUAUAUCUAGUCAAGGUAAUCAAUGGAAAAGUUAUAAAAGUGACAGUUUAUUUAGGUUUGUUAGGACUACUCUGUACCUACCUAUUAUAAAUAAAAUUACUUUUAGGAAAAUAUGUCUUUGGUUA